UGGCGUGUUAAACACUCUGCUACUGCAAGUAGCCCAGCACGAUCCAGCACCAUCUAGACAAAGUACAUCUUUUCAUCAUUCACAGACCUGAUUUCACUUAUGACUCUGCUUGGCAAAUGACUUGCUUUUGAAGCUGCCAGAGUGGUAACCCCAUUGACAAGAAAAUUGGAAUUUAAAAAUGUGCACUCCACAAUGAAGACUAUCAUAGCUCAGUGUUUAUUAUGUGGAUCCAUGGCCUUCGGGCUCUGGACUGCUGUGUUAAUGGCAUAUUCUCACUACAAUCAAGAGAAUAAACCACUGAAGAAAACCCAGGAACCUAUCAAGGCUAGAUCACUUGGAAAAAACGUGUACCAGCAAAACCGUGACUCAAAGGAAACUUCCAAACAGAAAGUUAUUAAUGAUAAGAUUGGCUUUUUAGAGCCGGAAUUUCACCAAGAAUUUAAGCAAUAUGGACUUAAUGCUGUUAUCAGUAGAAGACUGGGCAUGGUGAGAGAGGUGCCAGAUUCCAGGGAUAAAAUAUGUCAUCAGAAACACUACCCAUUCAAUCUACCCACUGCCAGCAUCAUCAUAUGCUUUCAUAAUGAAGAAUUUCACACCUUGCUCAGAACAGUGUCUAGUGUGAUGAACCUCACACCACACCACUUCCUUGAAGAAAUAAUUUUGGUUGAUGACAUGAGUGAAAUUGAUGAUUUGAAAGAAAUACUGGACUAUCAGCUGGAACUUUUUCGUGGGAAGAUUAAAUUAAUAAGAAACAAAAGGAGAGAGGGUCUCAUUAGAUCAAGGAUGAUUGGCGCCUCCCGCGCUUCAGGGGACAUCCUGGUGUUCUUGGAUAGCCACUGUGAGGUGAAUAAAGUCUGGCUGGAGCCCUUACUGCAUGCCAUUGCUAAGGACCACAAAACCGUGGUGUGCCCUCUGAUGGAUGUCAUUGAUGAAACAACACUGGAUUAUAUAGCGGCACCCAUUGUAAGGGGAGCUUUUGACUGGGACCUGGGCUUUAGAUGGGACAGUGUUUUCUCAUAUGAGCUGGACGGCCCAGAAGGACAAAGUAAACCCAUCCGGUCACCUGCAAUGGCAGGACAAAUUUUUGCGAUAGACAGACAUUAUUUUAAUGAACUUGGACAGUAUGACAAGGACAUGGAUCUUUGGGGAGGAGAAAAUGUGGAACUUUCACUAAGAAUUUGGAUGUGUGGAGGCCAACUCUUUAUACUUCCUUGCUCUCGGGUUGGACAUGUCACUAAGAUACAUGAUUCCAAUGACCCUGCAUUCAAGAAAGCCUUGUCCCAGAACUUACUGCGAGUGGUUCACACCUGGCUGGAUGAAUACAAGGUACCUUGUCACACAAGAAAAGUAGCACACAUGGUGACGGUGCACAAAUGCACUCUGUUCUGCUGCCCUUGCAAGAGAGAGCCAUCCCUACAAUAACCACUAGUUCCAGUUAAGAUGAAUCGCUGUGUGGACAAGAACGGAAACUACCAAAGAUACCUUUUUGGCAUUGGACAGCAACUGUUUGACUGAGGGCAAUGACCAUGGAAGGACAUUGGUAAGGGACAUUAGGACUUCAGUCUUGUAGACAGACCCAGGUAGCAUAACAUAGCAACCCAAACCCUGACAAUACUAGUUUAGAUAUUUGACAGGACCACGUAUGGGUUAAUUUUGUGCCACUGUGACCACAACUUAAAGGGAAAAAAUUUGUUUCAUGGUUGCUGAGGGUUCAUUGCCGGGUUGCUUGGCCACUGCAUGUGGACAGAUCAGGAUGACAGUAUGUGAGAUAAGUUACUUUGUGAUGGACAGGAAGCUCAAAGGAGACUUGGACCACUGGAUCGGGUAAGAUCCUCAAAGGGGCACCCCCCCCCCCAUCAUC